UGCCCUUGCAGUAUAUAUGUGACUGACCACUACUCUGCCUUGUAUAUAACCAUCCAAGCGUUUCAGUGUUUCACCUUGGAGAUCAUUUACUAAACUGCUAGUGAAAAGCUAUAGAGUUUUGAGUUUCUUUGAAUUGAAGCUAUGGUUUCCCUUCAAGCACCCACCUCUCCAAAUGGAAGAAAGACGACAAUUCCAGAGCUUGAUAUUUCAUCCAAGAAAAGAAAGUGGGAUGACGAGCCUGCACAAAUAACUGAAGGGAUUUUCGAGAAAAGAUCAAAACCUCCUGAAAUCACAAAAUCUUUCUUUGAAAUAGAGCUUCAACUUGAGACUCCAUUGCCUUUGGAGUGGCAACGAUGCCUCGACAUUCAGUCAGGGCAGAUACACUUCUAUAAUACAAGGACACAGAAGAGAACAACUAGAGAUCCAAGGAGGAGCCCAGAGCCACCAAGUCCUUGCCAUAUGAGCUUAGACCUUGAGCUAAACCUGCAGCCAUGCGAGUCACAGAGGAAAAACAACGAAAACAACCAGCAUAAUUUUGCUAGCUCCAUACAGGGUUUGGGCGAUUUGUUCAUGGAUUCAAGUAAAGAUAAUAAGAAUUCAGAAGGACUUAAGCGGUCACCGUCAUGGUUAGCAUUUGAAGGAGAUGAUGAGGAAGAGAUGGUAGCCACUGUGUGCACAAGGUGCCACAUGUUGGUGAUGCUUUGCAAGUCAUCUCCUGCUUGCCCUAACUGCAAAUUCAUGCACCCACCUGAGCAGAACCCUCCAAAUCUAUUCAAGCAAAGGCUUAGCCUCUUGUGCUAGCGAGCUAAUCAAAUAAGGGUUAUAUCUAAGUUUUAGGAUUAGUCCACACAUAAUGAUGACGAAGUUCAUUUCAUCAUCAUGGCCAGGUUAGAUGUUGAUUAAGUUUUAUUUUCAUUUGUAUUCAAUCUUUUGAUUGAAAAAUGACUGCUGUGUGUGUGAGAGCGAGAGGAGAGAGAAAGGGAGGUGAUCACUAACUUGUAUCAUUUACUAGCUAGCUAAAUACUAACUUGUUACUUGUGAGAACUAAAGUACAUUCCAACACGUUAUCCA